CACGAUAAAAGUAAAAUUGGUAAAGAAAAUAAUGAUGGUGAGAUGAAAAAUGAUGAAGAUAAUAGUGAUGAGGAGAACAGAGACAUUGGUUGUGAAGAAAUGGAUAGUAAAAAAGAAUCUUCUGAUGAUGAUGAUGAUGAAAAUGACGAUGAAAAUUGUGAAUCAAUCGCUGAAGUAGAGACUCAGAAAAAAGAAGAAAAAGUAAUUGAAAAAGAUGAAAAAACAGUUUUUGAAACAAAGGAUGAUAGUAAAGACCAGGAUACUUUGGAAGAAAUUGAUUUUGAAAAGAUUAAUAUACAAGAAGAAAAAGUAGAAGACUUUGAAAAAAUUAUUUGCGAAAAAGAAAGUGAUGAAGAGAAUGUUAAUUGUAAUGAAGAAUCUAAAGAGGUAAAAACUAAGGUAAAUACAAAAGAUAAAGAAAAUGAAGAGGAGAAAGAACAAGCUGAGGCUACUAUCAAGCUGAAACAAAUCCAAGUUAAUACAGUCGACAGUUUUCAAGGGUCGGAAUGUGAUAUUAUUAUUAUGUCAUGUGUAAGAAGUGAAGGCAUCGGAUUUGUUAAAGAUCCGAAUAGGCUCAAUGUAAGUCUUACUCGUGCUAAACACACUCUUAUAAUCUGUGGAAAUUUCAAUGCUUUUAGAAGAAAUGAAAUGUGGGAAAAUCUAUUAGACGAUGCUCAAUCUCGUGGUGUUUAUUUUAAUGUUACAGAAGAAAAUGAAUUGAAAACUAUUUUAAAGCACGUAAUUAUUGAACCCCGAUAAGAUUGAUAUUGAAAUACUUGCUAAGAUUUAAUUUUUUGUUUUAUACUGUUGUCAUGAUAUUUAAGAUAGUAUUAAUUCUGCUUACUUAAUUAUAUUUUUUCUUGUUUUUCAAGUUUUAGUUCAUACAUUAAAUGUAAAUUGUAUUUUAACAUCUAAACACAAUAAAUUCACAGACAUUUUUAUUUUAA